AUGAAUAGCAAAUUUGUUAUUUUGUAGAAUACCAUAAACAUUUGAGCUCCAUCAAUUUGUUUGUCUUCUCUCAGAGCUUUAAAGUCUAAUUGUUGUGGACUAUUUUACUUAGCGGAAGCGUAGAGUUUUGGUUCAGGAGUGUUGUUUGAGUGCAGCACCCAAUUCGGGUGAUAUCAACGUAAGCCGGCGAGACGCCUUUCAUUGUACAUCGUGUUUUACUUUUGAGAGCUUUUUGGGCACUUUUAAAACAAGACAACAUUCAUUCCUCCUCGUGUCCCCUUCCCCUUUCCUUUUCUCCGGACACUUGAAACACAAAAAGCAUAAAAAAUGGCUCAGAUACUGCCGAUACGAUUUCAGGAACAUCUGCAGCUGCAGAACCUAGGGGUGAAUCCGGCCAACAUCGGGUUCAGCUACCUGACCAUGGAGUCUGACAAAUUCAUCUGCAUCCGGGAGAAGGUGGGUGAGCAAAACCAGGUGGUGAUCAUAGACAUGGCUGACCCCAAUAACCCCAGCAGGCGACCCAUUUCUGCUGACAGCGCCAUUAUGAACCCUACAAGCAAGGUCAUCGCCCUGAAAGCUGCUAAGUGCCUGCAGAUCUUCAACAUUGAGAUGAAGAGUAAGAUGAAGGCUCACACCAUGACAGAGGAAGUCAUGUUCUGGAAGUGGAUCUCUGUCAACACCGUCGCCUUGGUGACUGAAGCGGCCGUCUACCAUUGGAGCAUGGAGGGGGACUCUCAGCCAAUCAAAGUAUUUGAUCGGCACGUCAGUCUGGCUGGUUGCCAGAUCAUAAACUACAGAACAAACGAACAGCAGAAGUGGCUUCUGCUUAUCGGUAUCUCGGCACAGCAAAACCGUGUGGUGGGGGCCAUGCAGCUGUACUCUGUGGACAGGAAGGUGUCCCAGCCCAUCGAGGGACAUGCUGCAGCCUUCGGAGAGUUUAAGGUGGAGGGCAACACCAAAGCCUCCACUCUCUUCUGCUUUGCUGUGCGCAGCCAGGCUGGUGGCAAGCUGCAUAUCAUAGAGGUGGGUCACCCGGCUACAGGGAACCAGCCAUUUACCAAGAAGGCGGUUGAUGUGUUCUUCCCUCCUGAGGCGCAGACAGACUUCCCCGUCGCCAUGCAGAUUGGCACCAAGCAUGGCGUGAUCUACCUCAUCACUAAGUAUGGCUACAUCCACCUGUAUGAUCUGGAGUCGGGAGUGUGUAUCUAUAUGAACCGCAUCAGCGCUGAGACCAUCUUCGUCACUGCCCCCCACGAACCCACCUCCGGCAUCAUCGGGGUUAACAAGAAGGGACAGGUGUUGUCAGUGUGUGUGGAGGAGGAGAACAUAGUUAACUAUGCCACCAACGUGCUGCAGAACCCAGACCUGGGCCUGAGGAUGGCCAUGCGUUCUAACCUGGCCGGGGCAGAUGAGUUGUUUGCCAGGAAGUUCAACACGCUGUUCGCCCAGGGUUCCUACGCCGAGGCUGCCAAGGUGGCUGCCUCCACACCAAAGGGUAUCCUGCGUACAGCGGAGACCAUCCGUAAGUUCCAGAGUGUGCCAGGCCAGCCGGGCCAGGCCUCUCCCCUGCUUCAGUACUUUGGCAUCCUGCUGGACGAAGGCCAGCUCAACAAGUUUGAGUCUCUGGAGCUGUGCAGGCCCGUGCUACAGCAGGGACGCAAGCAGCUGCUGGAGAAGUGGCUGAAAGAGGAUAAGCUGGAGUGUUGUGAGGAGCUUGGUGACCUGGUUAAGGCAGUAGAUCCUACUCUGGCCCUCAGCGUCUACCUCAGGGCCAACGUACCCAGCAAGGUGAUCCAGUGCUUCGCUGAGACCGGACAGUUCCAGAAGAUAGUGCUUUACGCCAAGAAGGUGGGCUACUCUCCAGACUGGGUGUUUCUGUUGAGGAAUGUGAUGCGGGUCAGUCCAGAACAGGGUCUACAGUUCUCUCAGAUGCUGGUUGCAGAUGAGGAGCCCCUGGCCAACAUCAACCAGAUAGUGGAUGUGUUCAUGGAGGGCAGUCUGAUCCAGCAGUGCACCUCAUUCCUAUUGGACGCUCUGAAGAACAACCAGCCAGCCGAGGGACACCUACAGACACGCCUACUGGAAAUGAACCUCCUUCAUGCUCCCCAGGUGGCUGACGCAAUCCUGGGAAACCAGAUGUUUAGUCACUAUGACCGAGCCCACAUCGCCCAGCUGUGUGAGAAGGCUGGGCUGCUGCAGAGGGCUCUAGAGCACUACACUGACCUGUUCGACAUCAAAAGGACUCUCGUACACACACACCUGCUCAACCCUGAGUGGCUGGUGAACUUCUUUGGCGCCCUGUCAGUAGAGGACUCGAUAGAGUGUCUUCGGACCAUGUUAUCAGCCAACAUCCGACAGAACCUUCAGCUGUGUGUCCAGGUGGCAUCUAAAUACCACGAACAGCUGGGAACAAAUGCCCUGGUGGAUCUCUUCGAGUCCUUCAAGAGCUUUGAGGGUGUGUUCUACUUCCUGGGUUCCAUAGUGAACUUUAGCCAGGACCCCGACGUUCAUUUUAAAUACAUCCAGGCGGCCUGUAAGACCGGACAGAUCAAGGAGGUGGAACGCAUCUGUAGAGAGAGCAACUGUUACGACCCGGACAGGGUCAAGAACUUCCUAAAGGAGGCUAAACUGACAGACCAGCUGCCUCUGAUCAUAGUGUGUGACCGCUUUGACUUUGUCCAUGACCUGGUUCUCUACCUCUACCACAACACUCUGCAGAAGUACAUUGAGAUCUAUGUUCAGAAGGUGAACCCUAGCCGGCUGCCGGUGGUGAUAGGAGGUCUGUUGGAUGUAGACUGUGCUGAAGAUGUCAUUAAGAACCUGAUCUUGGUGGUGAGAGGACAGUUCUCCACAGACGAGCUGGUGACAGAGGUGGAGAAGAGGAACAGACUGAAGCUGUUGUUGCCGUGGCUGGAGUCUCGUAUCCACGAGGGCUGUGAGGAGCCGGCUACUCACAAUGCCUUGGCUAAGAUCUACAUAGACAGUAACAAUAACCCGGAGCACUUCCUGAAGGAGAACACCUUCUACGACAGCACUGUAGUGGGGAAGUAUUGUGAGAAGAGAGACCCCCAUCUCGCCUGUGUCGCCUAUGAGAGGGGCCAGUGUGACCUGGACCUUAUCAAGGUGUGCAAUGAGAACUCCCUGUUCAAGAGUGAGGCUCGCUACCUGGUCAGACGGAAAGACCCAGAACUAUGGGCCAAUGUUCUAGAGGAGAACAACCCUUAUAGACGCCAACUCAUAGACCAGAUGGUGCAGACAGCUCUGUCAGAGACCCAGGACCCAGAGGAGGUAUCGGUGACUGUCAAGGCCUUUAUGACAGCUGACCUGCCCAAUGAGCUCAUCGAACUACUGGAGAAGAUUGUACUGGACAACUCAGUCUUCAGCGAGCACCGAAACCUCCAGAACCUGUUGAUCCUGACGGCCAUCAAGGCAGACCGGACACGUGUGAUGGAGUACAUCAACCGCCUAGACAACUACGACGCCCCAGACAUCGCUAACAUCGCCAUCAGCAACGAGCUCUUCGAGGAGGCCUUCGCCAUCUUCAAAAAGUUUGACGUCAACACCUCCGCCAUUCAGGUUCUGAUCGAGCAUAUCAGUAACCUGGACAGAGCCUAUGAGUUUGCAGAGCGUUGUAAUGAGGCUGCUGUAUGGAGUCAGCUGGCCAGAGCCCAGCUCCAGAGAGACCUGGUUAAAGAAGCCAUCGACUCCUACAUCAAAGCUGAUGACCCGUCAGCCUACAUGGAGGUGGUCAGCGCGGCCAGCAAGAACGAUAACUGGGAGGAUCUGGUGAAGUUCCUUCAGAUGGCUCGUAAGAAGGCCCGGGAGUCCUACGUAGAGACAGAACUCAUCUUUGCUCUGGCUAAAACUGGCAGACUGGCCGAACUAGAUGAGUUUGUUAACGGCCCUAACAAUGCCCAUAUACAACAGGUGGGAGAUAGGUGUUUUGAGGAGAGCAUGUAUGAUGCUGCCAAGCUGCUGUAUAAUAAUGUGUCCAACUUUGCCCGCCUGGCGUCCACGCUGGUCCACCUAGGAGAGUACCAAGCUGCUGUGGACAGCGCCAGGAAAGCCAACAGCACACGCACCUGGAAGGAGGUGUGUUUUGCGUGUGUGGCUGGGGAGGAGUUUCGGUUGGCUCAGAUCUGUGGUCUUCACAUCGUCAUCCACGCUGAUGAACUGGAGGAGCUCAUCAGUGACUAUCAGGACCGGGGCUAUUAUGAGGAGCUGAUAGCCCUGUUGGAGGCAGCAUUGGGUUUGGAGCGCGCUCACAUGGGCAUGUUCACAGAGCUGGCCAUCCUCUACUCCAAAUUCAAACCCCAGAAGAUGAGAGAACAUCUGGAACUCUUCUGGUCCCGUGUCAACAUCCCUAAGGUGCUGCGAGCGGCGGAGCAGUCCCACCUGUGGGCGGAGCUAGUGUUUCUGUAUGAUAAAUACGAGGAGUAUGACAAUGCUGUCCUCACGAUGAUGUCACACCCUACUGACGCAUGGAAGGAGGUGCAGUUCAAGGACAUCAUCGCCAAGGUGGCCAAUGUGGAGCUGUACUACAAAUCCCUUUCCUUUUACCUGGAUUACAAACCUCUGCUGACAAACGACCUUCUAACCAUACUAUCACCACGGUUAGACCACAGCCGGGUGGUCACAUACUUCACCAAGAUGAACCAGUUGAAGUUGGUAAAGCCUUACCUGCGGUCAGUCCAGAGUCACAACAACAAGGGAGUCAACGAGGCCCUCAAUAACCUACUGACAGAGGAGGAGGACUACCAGGGUCUUAGGGCAUCGAUCGAUGCGUAUGGUAACUUUGACACCAUUGUUCUGGCCAUGAGACUGGAGAAGCAUGAGCUGAUUGAGUUCAGACGCAUCGCAGCAUACCUCUACAAAGGCAACAACCGCUGGAGACAGAGCGUGGAACUCUGCAAGAAGGACAAAUUAUACAAGGAUGCAAUGCUGUAUGCUGCCGAGUCUAAGGAUGCAGAGUUGGCUGAGACCCUGCUGCAGUGGUUCCUUGAGGAGGGUAGGAAGGAGUGUUUCGCUGCCUGUCUGUUUGCCUCCUAUGACCUGCUGCACCCUGAUGUGGUGCUGGAGCUGGCCUGGAGACACAACAUCAUGGACUUUGCCAUGCCAUACUUCAUCCAGGUCAUGAGGGAGUAUCUCACCAAGGUGGACAAACUGGAGGAGUCAGAAAGCCAAAGGAAGACUGAGGAAAAAGUCCCAGAUCCCACCCCCAUAGUGUUUGGUCAACAGCUGAUGUUGACAGCAGGUUCCGCUCCAGUGGCUCCCCAGCCAGGAUAUCCAGGAGGCUAUGGAUACACUGCUCCAGGCUACCCCACCCAGCCCCCCCUACGGCUACAACAUGUAGACCACCUCUACCCCAUUCAGCCCCCCUACGGCUACAACAUGUAGACCACCUCUACCCCACCCAGCCCCCCCUACGGCUACAACAUGGGUCCAUGCAUCUCAAAUGGGCCAAUAGUGCUCCAGUCAGAAGUAGUGUCCUAUAUAGGCUUUAAGGUGUCCAUUUGGGUUGCAGAUCAUGUAGAGCACAAGGCCCCAGUAACCCCACAUCCCAACCCCUCUUACACAACCUGAAUCACACUUACCCUACACGGGGAUCAAAUACAUUACAGAUGCAGCUUGCUUAUGGAUUCAAUAUGGAUUCCCUGCCUUGAAACCCAUAAUACACAAUCUCUCUACUCUGUGAGACACCUAGGACACUCCAAACCUCAGCCCCACCAUCACCACACCCAACUCAACCAAAAAGACCUCUUUGCUCCCAUCUCCUCACUCCCCACCUCCUCUUGCUCCCCCUCCCUCUCCAAUGGACUAGAGCAAGGCUAACUGACCCCUCUACUUAGGCUGGCCUGACCAGCCCCCCCCAUUCACCACUGCACAGCAUGGCGACAGCUCUUAGCUCCUAGAGAAAAUAGCUAGCAGGUAAAAGCUAACGUACAGUACACCACUCUGUCCAGGUAUAUUCUAUCACUGUUCCAUAGACUGUAUCAACCAUAGAGCAGCUUUUUUAAAUAUUUGUUUUUCUAGAGAUGAUAAUAGAGUACUGGUAGUGGAGACUUUUACUGAGGAGCCAGAGAGGGAGUGGGUGAAGGGCUCAUCACGCAGUGCCCCUGCCCUCUGAGCACAGCUUGGCCUUGUACAGGAGGUGUCAACUUUGAGUCAUUUUUCAAGUUUGUUUCACCACUCUCAUACGUUUGGUUCACCACUCUCCUACGUUUGGUUCACCACUCUCCUACGUUUGGUUCACCACUCUCCUACGUUUGGUUCACCACUCUCCUACGUUUGGUUUCACCACUCUCCUACGUUUGGGUUCACCACUCUCCUACGUUUGGUUCACCACUCUCCUACGUUUGGUUCACCACUCUCCUACGUUUGGUUCACCACUCUCCUACGUUUGGUUUCACCACUCUCCUACGUUUGUUUCACCACUCUCAUACGUUUGUUUCACCACUCUCCUACGUUUGGUUCACCACUCUCCUACGUUUGGUUCACCACUCUCCUACGUUUGGUUUCACCACUCUCCUACGUUUGGUUCACCACUCUCCUACGUUUGGUUCACCACUCUCCUACGUUUGGUUCACCACUCUCCUACGUUUGGUUCACCACUCUCCUACGUUUGGUUCACCACUCUCCUACGUUUGGUUCACCACUCUCCUACGUUUGGUUUCACCACUCUCCUACGUUUGGUUUCACCACUCUCCUACGUUUGGUUUCACCACUCUCCUACGUUUGGUUUCACCACUCUCCUACGUUUGGUUUCACCACUCUCCUACGUUUGGUUUCACCACUCUCCUACGUUUGGUUCACCACUCUCCUACGUUUGGUUCACCACUCUCCUACGUUUGGUUUCACCACUCUCCUACGUUUGGUUUCACCACUCUCCUACGUUUGGUUUCACCACUGUUUCUGUUCAAUAGUUUUUGUUUGUCCAUCUGAACAGGUACUAUGUGUUGAAUACGCAACACUAUACAGUACUAUGGAAUAGGAACACUAGUUAUUGGUAUUAUGGUGUACUUUUACUGUGUGUAAUUUAUCAAGCAUGUAGGGAUAUGUUGACAACACCAAGACUGGGGAGGUUUGCAUUGAUUCUCCUCUCCAAAUGCUCAUGUGCUAGCUGAUAAUAUCUAAGUUAACCUGGACGUUUGGGUCUCUCCACUUAACACUGUGAUGUAUGGUACACGAUCCCACAGCUCUGGAGUUGAUGAUGAUGAUGUGAAACAUAACUGCUAAAUGCUGAUGUCUGCAUGUGCUGCCAAACAUAUAAUGCUGUAACAAUGCAACCAGGAGCACAAUGUCCAUGUUAUGCAUUUAAUAACAAGUAUUACCUAUGUUGUGUUCAAGGCUGAACACAUGUAUUUUGAAGCCUUUACUGUCCCACCACGGACACCAACUAACAGGAGUGUGAAGGAAGUCCAAUAUUACACAAAGGAGAAUAAACAUAAGAGGGAAUAGAACUCCUGUAUGUCCCUGUGCCAGUGAUCCAGAGUUAUUUAAUGUACUGAAGAAACAUUGUAGAAUUUAUGAUAUGUUGUUAUACUUAAAGAAAGAAGUUCUGUAUGAUAGAAUACCAUACAGUAUGCAUUGUCUAUAGUGUAUUGUUGUAGUUGGUCAUAAACAUGAUACUUGAAAAUAAAAUAAAAUUGACAGUAUACAAAAAGAGCAGAUUACAAACAUGAAACUCUUCAGAACGAUUGCUUGCAGCAGCCAUCAUUCUAGGGUUUGUUUUCUUCCUCAAGUAGCACAUGUCUAGUGAGAAUAUUCUGGAAAACUACCGCCAUGGUUUAUGGGUAAAUCUGGCCUCAUGCAUCCGGAGCUGUGCCACGAUAUUGUACAAAUGUUGGCUUGAGGUUUGUAGAAAACACUGAAAUCUGACCUGUGUACACCCAUUACUCUCUGUUCAAGACAAGUGUUCUCAAGGAUAAUAAAGUUUACACACACA